UCUAAGUAUAAAGAUCAGAUUUGGUGUGAUGUUGUGGGAAUGGAUGUGUGUCACCUUUUAUUGGGAAAACCGUGGCAGUUUGAUCGUAAGGUGAUGCAUAGCGGGGGUUCUAACACGUAUACCCUUAAAUCUGAGGGUACGAUAAUUAAGUUGCUUCCUUCUAAGGAGGUUGUGUCCAAACCACUUAGUGGAGAGGGUACCAACCUUCUGACAAAGGUGCAGUUUCAAGGAGAGUUCUUGGCCACAAAAGUCAUGUUUAUUGUCGUGGCAAAGGAGAGUUCACCAGCGAUUUUUGAGCAGGAAGUGCCAAUUAAGAUCCAGCCCCUUCUUGCUGAGUUUGCGGAUGUAUUCCCGACUGAGUUACCUGAUGGGUUGCCUCCAUUGCGAGAUAUUCAGCACCAGAUUGAUCUGGUGCCGAGUUCUAGUUUGCCCAAUCGACCCCAUUAUCGGAUGAGUCCGUAGGAGCACGAGGAAUUGCGAAAACAAGUGGAGGAGUUACUGUCUAAGGGUUUUAUCCGGAAGAGUCUUAGCCCCUGUGCAGUUCCAGUCUUACUGGUUCCCAAAAAAGAUGGGUCGUGGAGGAUGUGUGUGGACAGCAGGGCAAUUAACAGGAUCACAGUAAAGUAUCAUUUUCCGCUGCCAAGGUUGGAUGAUUUAUUGGAUCAGUUGGGGGGUGCUUAGAUUUUUACCAAGCUGGAUUUGAAAAGUGAUUACCAUCAACUUCGUAUCAAACUGGGAGAUGAGUGGAAGACAGCAUUUAAGACCAGAGAGGGGCUUUACGAAUGGCUGGUUAUGCCGUUCAGUUUAUCCAAUACGCCGAGCACUUUCAUGCACGUGAUGAACCAAACGCUACGGCCUUUCAUCGGUAAAUAUGUUGUCGUUUACUUUGAUGAUAUUUUGAUUUACAGUGCCACUCCUGAGUUACACUUGCAGCAUUUACGUGAGGUUCUUUCUGUUUUGCGUGCUGAAAAUUUGUAUGGGGCUAUUAAAAAGUGUGUGUUUAUGACGGAUUUUGUGCUUUUUCUUGGGUAUGUUGUGUCGAAUAAUGAGAUUUCGGUAGAUGAGUCUAAGGUUGGGGCAAUUUGAGACUGGCCACAACCUUGGACCUUGUUCGAUAUUCAUAGUUUUCAUGGGUUGGCUUCUUUUUACCGUCGUUUUAUUCUGCACUUUAGCACUAUUAUGGCUCCUAUCACGGAUUGUAUGAAGGGUGGAAGGUUCUUGUGGAAUGAAGCAGCUACCAGGGCAUUCCAGUUGAUCAAGUAGAAGUUAACUUCUGCCCCCGUUCUCGUGUUACCGAACUUUUCAUAGCCUUUUGAGUUGCAUUGUGAUGCGUCCAAGGUUGGAAUUGGGGCUGUCCUUAGCCAAGGUUCCAAGCCUGUGGCUUAUUUUAGCGAGAAGCUGAAUGGGGGAAAGUUGAACUAUAGCACUUAUGAUGUGGAGUUCUAUGCUUUGGUUCAGUCAUUGAAGUAUUGGUAUCAUUAUCUCAUACACAGCGACUUUGUUUUAUAUUCUGAUCAUGAGGCGUUGAAGCAUCUCAACUCGUAGGAUAAGCUUUCCAGUCGGCAUGCGAAAUGGGCUGCUUAUGUACAACAGUUCUCUUUCUCUAUCAAGCACAAGUCUGGUGCUUUGAAUAAGGUUGCUGAUGCCCUCAGUCGCCGCAGCAAUCUUCUCACAGUUAUGCGUAGUAAGGUAAUUGGAUUUGACGCUUUUCGUGAGUUGUUGUUGGCUGACCCGUAUUUCUCUACUGUGCUUGGGAAGAUCGCAGGUGACAAUCAGUCUGACUUUCAUGAGCAUGGCGGUUAUCUGUUUAAAGGGAAUUCAUUGUGUGUUCCGGAUAGUAGUCUUCGUUUA